AUGUCUUGGAAGCUCACUAAAAAGCUGAAGGAGACGCACUUGGCCCCCCUGACCUCAUCCUUUGGCCGAUCGUCAUCCACUUCAACGAUCAGGGCUGAUCAGAACGGUGAUGAGACUCCCACACCAGUGACCUCUCAGCCGCCUGUGGCUUCCGCCACCCCGUCAACAAACGGGAUCGCGGCUUCCGAGUCUCUUGUCUCCCCUCCAGUGGCUCCUGUGAACCCAGGAAUCCUCAUUGUGACUCUCCACGAAGGGCGCAAUUUUUCGUUGUCGCCCCAUUUCCAGCAGAUCUUCAAUUCGCAUUUCCAAAAUAACUCCUACGCACCAUCUUCUCUACGCCCGAGCACCUCUUCUUCUUCACAUUCCACUCAAAACCAGUCGGGUUCCUAUGUGCAGUCUGGCCGCCCGCAAUCCACAAGUGGGGGAAUCAACGCCGCCCCCACUAUCCACGGUCGCUAUUCCACCAAGUACCUCCCUUACGCCCUCCUCGAUUUUGAAAAGAACCAGGUCUUUGUCGAUGCUGUUUCUGGCACUCCGGAGUGCCCCUUGUGGGCUGGUGAUAACACGGCGUUCAAGUUCGAUGUGUCCCGAAAGACCGAAUUGAAUGUGCAGCUGUAUCUGCGCAACCCCGCAGCCCGGCCUGGUGCCGGACGGAGCGAGGAUAUCUUUUUGGGCGCAUGCAAGGUCAACCCUCGCUUUGAAGAGGCACAGCCUUAUGUGGACGAUCCAAAACUCAGCAAAAAGGAUAAUCAGAAGGCCGCUGCGGCUCAUGAUGAGCAGGGGCGCCAGCUUGGCCAGCAGGGUACUGAGUGGCUGGACCUCCAAUUUGGUGUUGGCUCGAUCAAGAUCGGUAUCUCGUAUGUGGAGAACAAGCAAAAAAGCCUCAAGCUAGAGGACUUCGAUUUGCUUAAGGUGGUUGGCAAGGGCAGUUUCGGCAAAGUCAUGCAGGUCAUGAAGAAGGAUACUGGUCGAAUCUACGCCCUGAAGACGAUCCGCAAGGCCCAUAUCAUCUCGCGAUCGGAAGUCACACACACACUUGCCGAGCGAUCAGUGCUCGCACAGAUCAACAACCCGUUCAUCGUUCCUUUGAAGUUCUCAUUCCAGUCACCCGAGAAGUUGUACUUCGUGUUGGCGUUUGUGAACGGUGGAGAGCUGUUCCAUCAUCUGCAAAGGGAACAGCGGUUCGAUAUCAACAGAGCUCGUUUCUACACUGCAGAGUUGCUGUGCGCUCUUGAAUGUCUGCACGGCUUCAAGGUCAUUUACCGAGAUUUGAAACCAGAGAACAUUCUUCUCGACUACACUGGGCACAUCGCUCUUUGCGAUUUCGGUCUUUGCAAGCUGGACAUGAAGGAUGAGGACCGCACUAACACUUUCUGCGGAACUCCUGAAUAUCUGGCUCCAGAACUACUUCUUGGCAAUGGCUACACCAAGACCGUGGAUUGGUGGACGCUUGGUGUCCUGCUCUACGAGAUGUUGACAGGCUUGCCUCCAUUCUACGAUGAAAAUACCAACGAAAUGUAUCGCAAGAUCUUGCAAGAGCCUCUGACUUUCCCAAGCAGCGACAUUGUCCCACCUGCUGCCCGGGAUCUUCUCACGCGCCUGCUGGACCGUGAUCCCGUGCGCCGACUGGGUGCCAAUGGCGCCGCGGAGAUCAAGUCCCACCACUUCUUUGCCAAUAUCGACUGGCGCAAACUUCUACAGAGGAAGUAUGAGCCCAGCUUCCGACCAAAUGUGGUUGAUGCCAGCGAUACCGGAAACUUCGAUACCGAGUUCACCAAUGAAGCACCCCAGGACUCUUAUGUGGAUGGUCCCGUUCUGUCACAGACCAUGCAGCAACAGUUCGCUGGAUGGUCCUACAACCGACCCGUGGCUGGCCUCGGCGAUGCAGGCGGCAGCAUCAAAGACCCCUCCUUCGGUAGCAUUCCGGAGUAG